CACCGCGACGGGGAGGCAGGAACCCAGGGGUUAGAGGCUGGGCGGAAAUUUCCGGAGCUUCCGGUAGUUUGCUUGGAAGGAGUUAUGGCUAAGCAUCAUCCGGAUUUGAUUUUUUGCCGCAAACAAGCGGGUGUUGCCAUCGGGAGACUGUGUGAAAAAUGUGACGGCAAAUGUGUAAUCUGUGACUCUUAUGUGCGCCCCUGCACUCUGGUGCGCAUAUGUGAUGAAUGUAACUAUGGCUCUUACCAGGGACGCUGUGUGAUCUGUGGAGGCCCAGGAGUCUCUGAUGCCUAUUAUUGUAAAGAAUGCACCAUUCAGGAGAAGGAUAGAGAUGGUUGCCCAAAGAUUGUCAAUUUGGGGAGCUCUAAAACAGAUCUCUUCUAUGAACGCAAAAAAUACGGCUUUAAGAAGAGGUGAUCAGUGGGUGGCCCCUGCCUCUGCCAUCAAGCUGCCACAGCUGCCAAGAAAGACGCCUACUAUCAGCAGCAGAAAGGGAGCGAAGCCCAGCAUGUCACCAGAACUGCUUGCUAGUGUGUUGGCCCCUUGCCACCCUUUCCUCCCCUCACCCAGAUGGGUGGGGGUGGAAAAGGAUUCUUCAUAGAGCACUGACAGUCAAUCCAAGAAAAACUGAUAGGUUACUUAAUGGUUUUUCUUGAAUUUGAGAAGCAAGACUGUUCUAAAUUGAUUUGUCCUCUCUACACCAAGAGCUUCUGAACAGGAAUAUCCUUAUCAGCUGUCUGAGGAGUUGACUGUGAAGCUACCCCCAAUGUGUUCUUGCAGCAACUCUGAUGGCAGUUGUCCCUGGUGACCCUUCAGUGUGUGGCAGUGAGCUCUCUCAACAAUAAAUGUGAUGUGAGCAUUUAAUCUUGUAUCGCUUGCCAGGUGGUGCUGGUUUCGUGUUAGUUUUCUUCUGAGAAAUUGGAAACCCUUUCUGUUGCUGUUGUUAAUAAAGUUGGUGUUUAUUUUCUGGUA